AUGAAUUUGGUGUCGCUGUACAAUCGAAGGAGGUAUGUGCAGAGUGAUAGGCUGCCGGUUAGAGGUUAUUAUGAUAUGGAGUUCAAGUUUAUAGUCGAAAACAAAUACUAUUCAGUUUUAAUAGAUUUAUUCAAACAAACACAUAUUAACUACGAAACUGGGGAGAUUAUCAAUGACAACCCAAGAUUACACUUUAGCGAAGAAGAUUUAAAAGAAAGUUUCAAAGAUUUGAUUAUAGAUUUAUCAAAAAGCUCAACUUUAGAAACAGCAGCAGCAUCAUCAUACCCAAAAGAAGAGAUUGAUGAGCUUUUUAAAAAGUUUUAUUAUUUUAAUAGAAAGUAUUUGAACACUUGCCAGUUUAAAGAUAUACCAAUAAAAAGUUUAGAUCAGAACCAGACUAUCCAGCACCAACAACAGCAACAAUUAAAAAAAAUCCGUCAACAGCAGAUGCCAUUGUAUCGGUUACAGCAAUUACAACAAGAAGCACAGGUCGUUAAUAUAAUCAAGGUACAGAAUUUAGAUUUACUAGAGUUGUCUAUAUUUUAUUCAAAUUAUCAGUUCUUUAGAGUCAUAUGGGAUGGGUAUUACUGCAAUUGCACUUUAGAUCCCUUAAAAAAAUCGAAAUAUGUAGAUUGGUGCUUGAUGAACGGUGAUGUCGAAUUGCUCGAUUAUUUAUUCAAUAAACUAAGCUUUAAAGAAUUUGACCGAAAGAAUGCGCUCCAGUAUGCAUGCAUCUCAGAGAACAGAGAAAACACCUUACGAUACCUUUUCAAUAUAAUGGACUUCAAAACGAUCCAAAUACACGUUGAACUUCAAAGUUGCAUACUCUAUAAAAUAAUGCAAAUCGACCACACUCUCUACAAACAGUUGCAUGGCUGUCUACCUAUAGACUCUUUUAAAAGUCCCUUAGAGUUAUUAAAUCUCUCCAAUAACCUACCAUUCAAGCAGUUUCUAAAUUUAAAUUUAAAUCUAAAUCUAAACAAUCCAUCAUUCAAAUCGACCCUAACUCAAAUAUUAAAUUUUGAUUCAGCCAAUGUUAAUUGCAAUGGUAAUAAUAGUAUUUAUUUUAAUAGUUUAAAUAGCAGUUGUAAUAAUAUCAGUAAUAAUAGAUUAAUUAAAAAUUUUAAAAGUUUAUUCAAAGUUGUUCAACAACCCACACUUUCAUCAUCAUGUACCACCACCAUUUCAUUUGAUAAAUUAAAUUUUAAUAGUUUCAAUAUUAAAAGAGAGGUCAAAAGAUACUAUAUUUAUUACAAUCUAUUAAACCAAAAUUCAUUAGAAACCAACCUCAUUUUAUUGAAAUUUAUAUUCAAGUUUAUAAACAAAUAUCAAGAGUACCAGUUAAUCGACCAUCUUUUAUAUCCAGAUAAAUACAGCUAUUUGAAUAACACAUUCUUAAGCAACCAAUACAAACUAUCAUUAAACAACCAAAGUUCAAGACCAAAGCGAAAUAGUAAAUACAAUCUUGGUGAUGACGACCCCAACAUCUACUUUUUAAAAAAAGUAGUGCCUGUUUAUGCAUGUUGCCACACCGAGUUAUUUAUACAUCUAUAUAAUAACAAAAGAAAUGAAUUCAAUUGGAGCCACAAAAAUAUCUCAAUUAAAACAGUAACAAGCCAAAACCUGCAGCUCAUAAAGUUUUUAUACGAGAAUGAUAUCUUUAUCUUCCGAGGUGUACUAGACAAUACAGAAAUUAAUAGUUUACCAAUGGUGGAGUAUUUGGUUAGCAAAGGGUUCCCAUUCACAAAAGAGUCGUUCUUCAAUUCAUUAAAAGAUAACAAUUUAGAAUUAUUCAGGUUUUACAUUGAUCAUUCCAACGAUUACCAUAAACAAUUCAUCUAUUCAUCCAUCAAUAGUUUUUACUCUUUGAUUUCAGACAACCUUUUCAUUUUAAAGCAAUUAAAUGAUUAUAUUCAAGAUUUAACUUUAGAGGAAUCUAAAUUUUGUACGACUGUAGUAAAUUCUUUGAGAUCAAGAUUAAUUGUACCAAAAUAUUUAAAAAUUAAUAAUUAA